GGCGCUUCCGAUGGAGGCCGCGAACCCCCCCGCGCGCGGCAUGAAGUCCCUGGGGGUGUCCAUGGAGCAAGACGGCCACACCAACGACGUUAUGGUGGCGGCCUGGAACAAGGCGAAGUCUAUGCCUGUCUUCGAAAUCCGCGCGAAGCCUGAGGUGGAUGGCUACGUGGACAGAGCGGGCACUUCGACCGUCUGGGACCUCCCCAUCGAGCAGUGGAACUUCUCGGCGAGGCGCCCCAUCAAGGGUUUCAUCGACGUCAUCAUGAGCAAGGAAGACCUCUCGGGCGUCAACUGGGACGCUGUCAAGGAUGCAAUGGCUGAGCGGCGGUACAACGCCAUGCCCCCACCCCUCGGCAUUUCUGAUGCAGGCCAGAGCGACGCCCCUUGCGUGAUGAGCAUGCAUGUGUCGAAGUCCUUGACACACGGCGACUACCUGAUUGUGAAGGUGUUCACUUUUCUUGGCGGCGGCGAGCCGAUGGCGGCGGUCCGCGACAAGAUUGUCGUAGGCGACCCGCGCGUCUUGGACUACCGCCCCGAUACCUUCAACACGGUUCGGACGUUGCAGGUGUUAUUGGAGGACAUGGGCGGGUUGUUGUUCCGCUACUGGCAGGUGCCGAAGGCCAAGGUAGCCGCGGACGCCGACGCGGGCGAGGCCGCGGAGAAGAAGGCUGCCCUGGACAAAGCGUGGGACUUCGUGCAGGCCGAGGCCCCCCGCGGAAAUUUUGACGGUCAGAGGCUGUUGUGGGUGGAGCACCAAUUCGUCGACCCUGAAUCGCCUCUUUACAACAUGAAGCGGGAGUUCGUGAACAGCCUUCUGAAGUGCAUCUCAGACCGCGACCACUUCGCGGUCAAGGAGGACUACUACCCUCUCCUGAAGUCUGACAUCCGCAAGGAACACCAGCCGAUGGCAAACAGGAUCUUGCAGACGCUGGCGGGCAACACGCUGCUCACGAUAGGGGAGGCUGGCUUCGGUAAGACGCCGUUCAUGUAUAUCCUCGCCAUGGCGACUGCGAGGCACAAUGCAGACGUCGCUAAUGAACGCCGCCCAGGUCGUGCCACGGCUGCUGUUCGGGUUUCCGCAGAGAUGGACUUCUUCCGCGGGGAGGUCGGGGAACCCUGGGCGCCGUGCAUCUUCGACGACGGCGACCUCGCGGAUCAACGGCCUCGUGUCCUCAAGGCUUUCUUUGACCCCACGCAGGCUGAGGCCAUGACCUACGUGCGCUGGGGGGCCGCGAAGUUCGUGCGCGGCCAAGCGUGGUUUGGCGGGGACAACGAAUACAAUUCGAACGCCGUGCCAACAGACGAGCAGCGGGCGUUCGCGGCGACGUCACCCGACGCUGCAAAGCGGACAGCUGUCAUCUUGGUCGACAUGAUUCGGCCCGCGUUCCCCAAAGGCUUGUCCGAGAGCAACGUGGGGGCCAUGCUCAAGCGGUGCAACGUCGCCCUGAACACAGCGGAAUCUUUCUUCUUCAGGCCCGCUGGCAAGGACUCGGUCGUUGAGAAGCUGCCCCUCAUGAGCAGCUACAUCACGGCCGAGGCGGGCAAGAUCCUGAUGCGGUUCCUCAAGCACAAGAAGCGCCGCGACCAGGAGGAGCACGACAGGCCCCUCGCCUUUGAGAAGAAGGAGGUGCUCCAGCUCAUGGCCGAGUCGCGCGCAGCAGCGGGCGCGGGCGACGGCGGCGGGGACGGCGCCGAUGGCGCCGCCGCCGCGAGCGGCGCCCCAGCCGGCGCCGCGGCGCCGCGGGAGGCAGGCGUGGCGGGCGGCGUGGAGACCGCGCCCAACGACGGCGGGAUGUCCGACCGCGGCGGCGCCGGCGCCGACGCGCGAGCCGUCUCCGCGGACGAGGAGGACGCACAGCUGACGGCCGCGCGGGACGCCCACGUGAAGGAGAUCAUCAACGCCGAGGCCAACACGCUCAUGAUGGCGCCGUGGCAGGCGGGUGCUGCUCCUGGAUCGAGCGGCGACGGGUGGGCGCCGAGUGGCGCGGCUGCGCCCGCGGACCCCGCACCCGCCAAGCAGCCCCCGAUCGUCGGCUGCCACGGUGCGCUCUCGGAUGAGGACCAUCGGGAGCAGGUGGCGAUCUUUCGCAGCCUAGCCAAAGCCCACCACGGCGCGCACGAGGACCUGGUCACUCCGCCGCGGAAGACCAGGAAGACGGGUCUGGCCUGCGGCGGGCCGCUCUCCCCCGUGGACAUCCAGGAGCAGCAGGCGAUUUUCGCAUCCAUGGUGGCGCAGGCACACGGCGAGACCCUCGUGGUGGACGACGAUGGCGUCGACUUGGAUGCCGAAAUGGAGACGCUCCUCGAUAGCAUCGAGGCGGAGCGCGUUGGCGGCGCGAGCCAGCUUCCGGGUGACCAGACGGACUGA